AUGGCUGAAUCCAAUCCGGGGACUGGUGAAGUGUCCGGGCGAAUAAAGGAAAUCCAUUGCCAACCAUGUUUAAACAAGGAUAACCAAACGACAAAUGUCGCUGAAAAGUUUUGUUUAAGUUGUAAUGAAUUUCAGUGUUUGGAUUGUUCUAACGUUCACUACACACACGCCUUCUUAAGAAAUCACAAGUUAGUGAACGCGAGUGAGGCGAAAACGAAACAAGGCUCGUUUGAUAUGAAAGGAUUAGACCAAUGUGAUCAACACCAGGAAGUUCUAAAAUUCUUCUGCGAAGAUGAAAAUCAGCUCUGCUGCAGCACAUGUGCUAUUGUUGACCAUCGUAAAUGUCACAGCGUUGUUGAAAUUCUAAAGGUCGCUGGAAGGUCAACCUAUAGAAGUUCAACUUUAAAGGUUAAAUUGGAGGAAGUGAGAGAGAAGGCUAACAUAAUCGUAGACAGCAUUGUCUCAUCAAAGGAGAAACUAGACGAAGAUGGUAAAGGAAUACUAGUUGAAAUCAGACGAAUGCGGGAUGAAGUAAUGAAAAUGUUUGACGAGUUGGAAAUUUUCGUUGUAAAAGACGUUGGAUCGUUUCAGAAAGAGACAUUAGAAAAGCUGACAUUGAAGCAGUCACAGAACGAGAAAUAUCUGACUGAUAUAACGACGUGUCUGGAAACGAUUGACAAUGUCUAUCAGAAUGGAUCUCUUGUACAACAGUUUAUAGUAGAGCAGAAGAUGAAGAAUGACGUCAAUGUUCUUCACAAAAAUGUCAAUGCAGAAUGUCAAGGUUUAGAGACCGUAACUGUAACCUUUAAUUUUGAUGAAACAUUAAAACUUCCUCCGCUGCCAGUCACUGAUUAUGUACCAGGACAACUGACUCUGUCAUUCUGUCUUUCAGAGAUAGCCAAUAGUAUAGUUCCUGUUAACAAAGCAAUGAUACUAACACCAGUAUAUUCUAUUGAUUUAAAGCAGGAAAAGGAUGAUGUGAAAGAGCCAUUGUAUACAGGGAUUGAUUUUUUACCUGAUGCUAGACUUGUUGCUGUUGAUAAUAAAAACAAGAAAUGUUUAGUUUACAAUGAGAAGCUUGAGAAAGUAGGAUCAUAUCAGUUAUCUUACUCGCCACAAUCUGUUGUUGUUGUAUCUGAGGAGGAAGUAGCGAUAAUAUGUGCCAACCCAUUAAAGUUAGACAUUCUACGUGUUACCAAAACAAGUGAUAUAACUUUAGAUAGAACAAUCAAAGUAACAACACAAUAUACCUCGAUAUGUCAAAAAGAUGAUAAACAUUUUGUCGGCGGGACAAUUAAUCAUUCAACACCUGUUCGUGUAAUAUCAUCUACAGGAGAAGAAAACGAUUUCAAUAUCAACUUUCCGAGUAAGUCAUAUCCUUUAGACACAAGUAAUUGUACUUACAUAAGGAGCAGUGAUAAAGUGGUGUUGACAGAUAGAUCCGAGCAUACCGUCCACAUAUAUGAUAUCAAGACAAACAGGAGAGUCGUGGUGAAGGAUGAACAGAUAAAGGAACCACUUGGUGUAGCAGUUGGUCCCUUUGAUACUAUCCUGGUUUGUAGUAAUAGAAAAAACUCUAUUGUACAGAUAUCACAAACAGGUCAGAUCUUAUCAUCGUUCAAGACAGACAUGACAUAUCCAAGGAGAAUUUGUGUCUUACGUGAUAAAUCAUUUCUUGCAAUAACAAACUCAGUUGUAAGUGAGAGAAAACUACAGAAGUUUAAGAUAUCAUAUUGA